UUGUAAAUAUUAUGCCAAGUUGUUGCUAGACCACAAUAUAAGUUGACACGAAAUAUACUAAAAAUUUUACGGAGUGAAAUCGAGCUCGAGAUGCAACGAAUAUGAUUAUGGAUACGACUGUACUUAAAAACUGUUUCGUGCAAAGCAAAAACGAAACGUAAUUAUCAAAAUGAACAGGGUGGCGAGAGAGGUCAACUAGUCACCCUCAAACUGUCAAAGCGGUGCAAGUCAAUGGUACUUUUAUCAAUUCGCUUACCAAAUUUCUUUUCUAGAACUUGCAAGUAUAGAUCUUACCUCAAUAGCUACAGGACCAUGGCUCAAGGUUUGACUAACGAAGAAGUCGACGCCCUCUGUGUGAAGCCUCAUGCAGGAACUAAGGACUUCAUGUUCCAACAAACCAUGUACCGCAUCAAGGAUCCCCGCAAGUCACUCCCAUUCUACACUGGCGUGCUUGGGAUGACCCUUCUUAAGAAACUGGACUUCCCCGCUAUGAAGUUCUCACUGUACUUCAUGGGUUACGAGAAUCCAGCUGAUGUGCCGCAGGACGAGGCUAAGAGGCUGACUUGGGCUACAACAAGGAAAGCUACACUGGAGUUGACACACAACUGGGGCACCGAGAGUGAUGACUCGAGCUACCACAACGGCAACAGCGAGCCGCGUGGCUUCGGCCACAUCGGCAUAUUGGUGCCUGAUGUGGAGGCGGCCUGCGCUAAAUUCGAGGAGCAAGGAGUGAAGUUCAUCAAGCGACCGCAGGACGGGACCAUGAAAGGCCUGGCCUUCAUUCAGGACCCUGACGGCUACUGGAUCGAGAUCUUCAAGGCCAUGUAAUAACCCUAAUGGAGCAAUUCACGAGAAUGUCGCUUACGAAAUUAUUCUGCCUUGUAUAAAUACCUCAAUAAAAUGCUUAAAGCUCGAGAAUAUACUGUCAAUCUCUGAAUCAAUCAAUGAAUUUGUUAACCAACUCAUGAAAUAUGACCACACCAAACGUCGCUUCCUCAUUAUUUUCAGAAGUAUUCAAAGAAUGGCAGUUGAUAAGCGACAUUCUCGUGAAAUGUCUCUUGUAUGUAUAGACCCUUAUCAUAGUCAAGGGGAUUCUAGAUCAUAGUGGUAUUUAGAAUUAGAUAGAUAGGUACGAGUAUAUAAAAUACUCUUUAUUGGAACACCACAGUAAAAGAUACAGCUUAAAGAAAAACAAUAGAGGCAGACAACAGACGGUCUUAUCGCUAAAGAACGAUCUCUUCCAGAAAACCUAGAUAAGGAGUAUGCGGGUGAUUCCGAAAAUCACCAAUAGACAAUAACUAAAACCUAUUUUCGAAUACGCCUUAGGGAAACUGUGUUUUUGUUGUAUUUAGAGUGUUUAUGUGUAUGUACCAAUGUAUGUGCGUGUAUUUUGUUAUUAUAAACGUCAUAGUUGAUGAGCUUAAUGAUGACAUUAGUGAUGAGUUAGGUUGGUCCAAAUAUUGACAUCACUUACAUCAUAAAGUUCCUAUAUAUUUCCUUUUUUUAUUAUUUCUCCAUUAUUUAGUAAUAAAAAUAUUAUCUACUGGCAUUUACUAUUAUAUAAAUACUUAUUCCUGAUUUAAUUCUAUCAAUUUCUCUAUCUAAUUCUAAAACUACUUUAUAGAUUCCCGUUUUUUUGGUAUCUAUCUAAUGAAGCUGUGUCAUAUAUAAAGUGUUAUAAAGUCUUAUAAAGAAAUAAGAAAAAGUGAGAAUUUACAUUUUGUAUCAUCUGUUAUGUAAUAAAAUAUAUACGUUAAACGUG